AAUUAUUGAUUUGAUCGUAUUUUACUCCAUCUUCAUCUCUUUUAAUUCCAGUUACAUACAUGUAUCGUUAGUGUUGAUGACAAUUAAUUACUACAAUUCACCAGAAGAUGUUCAAAUACAUUUUGGUGUUCCUUCUUUUUAUCGAAAUUAUCGUGUCGAGAAGUGCACUUCAUGGAAACAAUACUAUUGAAGAAGUUGCUAUUGAAGCAGAAACUACUACCCUCAUUUCUGCUGAAAAUAUAACUAGUCUGAAGAAUAAGGAGAACAGUAUUGUCAUACUUAACAGUACUCAGAUAUCAAAUUCUUCUUAUAACGAUUUAGAAAAUGGAACGUCUGUGCAACAUUCUCUAGGAACCAGCUUUGAGGUUCUGUGGAACAGAAAUCAGAAAGGAAUGGUAGCUAAUAAUUUUGGAGAAUGCAAGUACUGCGUUACUUGAAUGAAAUUUAUUUUUUGUAAUAUAUUAUAAUAUUGCGAACAUUUAAUAGAUUGCUGUAUUCAGUA